AGAUGAAGUUUAACAAGUCCUCCUCACAUACUUACUGUAUGAAGAGUGUUUAUCCUCUAAUACCGGGCUAUUCAAUUGGCGGCCCGUGGGCUGAACCCGGCCCUCGAUGUAAUUUGUUCCGGCCCUUCAAGUAGCAUAGUGUGAAAAAGAAUCUCUAGAAUAAAUUUAGUUCAGUCGGGAACUGAAGUGACGCGCGCCUGUUCCAUUCAACACGAGCUGCAGCAGCACAGAGCGGGAGUCACGUGACGUCAGGCGAGUAGGGCGACUCGCAAGCCUUCUCUCCUGUGAGACGCGGUGAACAGGACGAUGACGGACUAACUUUUAUUAGUUUCAUUUCUGACAUUUUGCUAGCACGAAUAGGACCACCAUUUCAAAAGUACAGAGGCAAGGACGGAGAAUAGCGCGUCGGAGAACAGCAGCACGGAAUGGCACAGAAUCUUGCAAAUGUAUUAUUGUGUGUGUGUGUGUGUGUGUUUUCAGUGUGUGAAGGGGAUGAGAGAAGACUCCAGCUGUGGUCACAACAGAAAUCUGAUGGGAGAAGCAGGAUGUCAUGGUUCAUCUGUGGGCUCCAGCGCUGAGCGUUCUGAGGACGGCCGGCCGGUCAGCGUGGUGUCCUCCGUCUCCUCCUGCUCAUCUGUAGAGGGAAACAUCAGCCGGCUCACGCCGUCACCAUCCGCAGGUGAUAUUGACCUGGAGCUCAACCCUCCGAAGGAACCCGCAGAUCCUCCAGAACCCGUGAUUACAUCAUCAGAGCGCCGAAAAGACCCUCCCUCACCGAUUGCCACCGUCGCUAUGGCGCCCAACCUCACGUAUGUGGAUCGAGUGGUGAUGGAGAUCAUUGAGACGGAGAGGAUGUACGUCAGGGAUCUGCGCAGUAUCGUGGAGGACUAUCUUGUACACAUUAUAGACAGCAGAGAUCUGCCCAUCAAGCCGGAGCAGGUGUGCUCUUUAUUUGGGAACAUUGAACAGAUCUACGAGUUCAACAGCGAGUUGUUACACAGUUUGGACGCGUGCGCCUGUGAUCCUGUGGCCAUCGCCCGCUGCUUCGUGGACAAGAGCGAGUAUUUUGAGAUCUACACGCAGUACUGCACAAACUACCCUAAUUCAGUGGCAGUACUCACAGAGUGUUUGAGGAAUACGACUCUGGCCCAGUUCUUAAGGGAUCGUCAGGCGUCUCUCAGACGUUCUCUUCCUCUGGGCUCUUACCUGCUUAAACCUGUUCAGAGGAUUCUGAAAUAUCACCUGCUGCUUCAGGAAAUAGCCAAACACUUUGACUCUGAGGAAGACGGGUAUGAUGUGGUGAUCGAGGCCAUCGACACCAUGACAGGAGUGGCCUGGUACAUCAACGACAUGAAGAGAAAACACGAGCACGCUGUGAGACUUCAGGAGAUCCAGUCUCUGCUCAUCAACUGGAAGGGUCCGGAUCUCACCAGCUACGGCGAACUGGUUCUGGACGGAACCUUUCACGUCCACCGGGCCAAGAACGAGAGAACCCUGUUUCUGUUCGAUAAGAUGCUGCUCAUUACCAAGAAACGAGGAGAACAUUACGUCUACAAGACUCACAUCUCGUGUUCCACACUCAUGCUGAUCGAAAGUGCCAAAGACUCCCUGCGCUUCAGCGUGACCCAUUACAAACAGCCCAAACAGCCGCACACGGUUCAGGCCAGAACUGUGGAGGAGAAGAAACUCUGGGCUCAUCACAUAAAGAGACUCAUUCUAGAGAAUCAUCACGUCGUUAUUCCACAGAAAGCCAAAGACGCCAUAUUAGACGUGGAUUCCACAUGUCUGGUGAAGCAUCGCUACAGUCCGGACAGGAUGAAGAAAGCCACAUCUUGUCGUGUUGAUGAUUUCUCUGCUUGUGCUUUAAAGGAGCGGAGAAGAUCAGAACCAGGGAAGCAGAUCACACGGAGCUCAAGAGGAAGUCUCAAGCAUGCCGACAGUGAAGGCGCUCUGUUAGUGGUGAAGGAGCGGCGUUCACUACCGCCCGCUGCAGACGGCUCGGCCCUGACCUCUGAAAUGAGAGAGAACCAACAAGAUCUGGAGUCCAGUACGGGCUCGCUGUACGACCCCGACGAAACCAGACCUCACGGAGAGCGGGAGGAGGACCAGAAGAACGCAGAUGAUGGAGGAGAGGAUGAGCAGGUAGCUGACUUCACCACUUCGGUUCUGGCCGCUCUCUCCUGUCUGCAGUACAGAGCCAGAGCUUUGCUUUCACAUCCAAUCACAACGGACACAGAUGGAUGCUGCAUUACUGCAGAGAACUGGCCGUUGAGCCAGAGCCAUCAAGCAUCUCAUGCGGAGAAGUGUCAGCAGACGUCUGAUAGUUUGACUUGUUUUGAGCAGAGCUCAUCUGAACAACACGGUUCACAGAAGAUCUAAUGUCCGCUCGGACACGCUGAGGAGGAUGUGAUGGACCCAUCACACAAUUAUCCACUGACAGGUGGGACAGUCGUCCCCAGAUACAACACAGAUCCAGUGAUAAGAGAUCUCUGCAAUGGAGGAGAAGAUGAAGAGGAUUUGGAGGAUAGUGUGGGUUUCUCAUCCUCAGACGUGCAGGACAAGAAAGACACAUCUCAACUCUGGGGAGAUGUGGAUGAUAUGGAGGUAGACGAGGAAGUUGCAGCACACGGUGGCCUCUUGCCUUCAUCCGUCCUGGACAAGCCCAGCGAUUUCUCCGAGCAGUUUACCGGCAGCCUGUCAUGCAGGAGCAGUCUGGGAGCAGAUGGGUCAUGUGACAUGGGCUGCCCAUCUUCUCGCUCAGAAAGCCGGAGGAGCAGUUUGUUGAGCUGUAGUACAGAGACCCGUGAGAAAGACAAAGAGUUCAGAAGGUCCACUCCAGAACCAGUCAACCAGACUGCUCCCGACAGCUCGUUCAGACCAGACCAGAGGCCUCAAAAGAAACAAGACACACUCUCCAAAAAGGACCGAAUGCUCAUACAUAAGAUCAGACGAUACUAAGAACACGCCGAAGAUCAGGAUGCCAGCUUUGCCAUUAAACGUAGAGAAAGCCUCUCGUACAUUCCCGCAGGCCUAGUCCGUAAUCUGAGUCGACAGCUCAAUGACCUUACAUCAGAUGAAGACAUGGCGUUGCACAAGAGGGUGUCUUCCAUCACGCGGCCAACAUCGUGGGCUGUCUUCAGUCUGCCAGGCCUAGAAAGUGAGAGCAGGUCCAAAGAGUGUAUCUCUGACUCCAAGACUCCGGAUGGAGAUGAGAUGUUUAGUAAAGAUGAGGAAUUUCUUCCCGCGUCUGAUAUGGUUAAGGUGUGGCAAGAGAUGGAGGUCAAGAGACUCGGGUCAUCUGAAGAACCUCAGGACUCUUUGGAAAACACAGAGAGUUCCUGUACGACGACACCUGAUCAAGAGAAGAGAGCAGAAAUCAGCAAGACAAGCUCUGAUAGUGGAUUUGGUGAACCUUUUCUAAUACUGGAAGAGUCGGAUGAAGGUUCGACCCCUUCAAGAGUCAACACCCGCUUGGAAAAGGAUGAGAAUCAUGAGUUUCAGAGCCUUCCAAACUGGGAACACAAGAUCCAGGAGCGACACGAAGUCAACCACAGUCCUCUUCCCAGAAUAAUCUCUUUAAGGUCUGCCAACGAAGAAGACCUCAUCCUGCAAGACAUGGAAAAGAUGAAAAAUAAAGUCUUCCAGCUGGCCAGACAAUACAGUCAGCGAAUCAGAAACAGCAGACCUGUAGUAAGACAAAGACCCAAGGCCACAGAAAGCCAUUUCAUGCCCAAGAGUUUGUCUUCUGUCAUGGAGGAGAAACCUUCUGGAAAAGAGAAAGGCUUGCCUGACAGGACACUGUCUCUGGACUUGAAUGAGCAGGACCUUGUUCAGGACUCUGAGAGCACUAGUCCAUCCUCCGGCAUCUGUUCUCCUGAAAGUCCUCAAUUUCCCUACUUCUGUAGAUUAAACAUCCAGAGACCGCAAAGCCCAGUACAGGUGGAAAGCUUCCACUGGCCAGAUGUGAAGGAGUUGUGCUCCAAAUAUAGCAACCAAGGUCAGAAGAGCGUCUCUCAUCAUUACCCAAUGGGUCAUAGUGUCUCUUUUCCAGAGAGGAUGCUGGACCAUGAGCGUGAGAGGUCUAAAACUUCACGUACCCUGUCUUGUUCAUCCUCAUGUAAUUUCACAACGCAAAGAGCUACAAACACUAAUCCAGAGUCUGUACCUUCACUUUGUCGAGUAAACUCUCUUGAUCACAAUCUUGAAACACAACACGCACGUGAACAACCGGAUAGCUGUUGUGUUACAGGUCACAGAACGCUGUCCAGAGAGAUUAUGGUUGAGAAGGUCUGUAGGGUCAAGCUGAGCUUGGAAACAGAGGACAGUAGUGAGGGUCAGGUAAGAUGGGAUGCCGUUGCACAAUCUGAACUUUCAUUGAUAGACAGCACAGAGCAGCACGUGAGGUUUGGCGCGUGGGUGCGUGGAGGUCAACAGUCCUGCUCGACGAAGGAAACCGAGACCAGUCAACACAACUUAGUUAAAAACCUGCGGGAGAAAUUUCAGAACCUGAGUUCUUACACAUGAGGUUUAUUGUGUUACACUGAAAUAGAAACUCAGACAGUUUACAUUUAACGUAUAUGACUAUAAAAAAAGAGAUGUGGCCAAUGCGUUAGAUCUUAAACAGGUUGUCAACAAACAUGCUCCAGAUUUCAAACCAUCUAGAAAAGGGAAACCUGUGGACUACAGAGAGUUUGUAUUCAUAGAAUGACAUUCUACAUGUGAUGUAUAUUUAUGUUGUUGGAAUUUUUUGCCUAAAUGCAAGCAUUAUUUCAAGAAAUUGGUGUUAACAGAUGACCCCGGUGGUGCUGCAAUUCAUUCCUUUUGUUUAUUUUGAAUCAUGGCUAGUUAUGUGUGUCUUAGUUCAUUCUUUCAAAAUGAAAAGCCACAAGAAUUACAGUAAUUCAGUUUACAGUAAGGCUUGCAAAUUCGAGCCUCACGCUCGUCAUUAAGUAAGAAAAGAAAGAGCCCUGCAUUAUGACAUUCAGAAUAUGGUGUUGAGAGACUGGCUGUCGUCUGCACUGACCACAGGAAAGAACUUAAUCUUAUAAAGUCAUUUCAUGCUAAUGAACAGAAAACUGGAGUUUAUAAUCGGAUCAAACCAGAUCUGUGCUAAACAAUCAGAAGAUUGAUGUCAUCUCUGGUAUGAAACCUGAAUGUCUGUUGUAAAUGCACACUGCUGUAUAUUGAAUGAAUUGACUGUUGUUUGAAGGUCAAAUGAUUCCACACUCAGUGUUUGUGUGCAGAGGACGUGUACAUGUUGGGAUUGAACUCAAUGGGCUCUAAUGUAUGUUACAGAACGGCCACAGACUGUCGCUGCGUUUGGGUGAAUAUUCUUUAUUAUUGGGAGUUGGUAUUAUAAGCUAGCUGUAUUUUUCUGCAUAUUAGUACGGGGUUAAUCCUAAAGCAUGAUGUCACUGUUAUUGUAUACAGUUAUUUUUCUUAUUUAUUUGAAAUGGUGUAACUAUCUGUCAGCUGUGACCGUUUGUAAAAAUGAUCCCAUUGUUUAUUUCAGUUUAUGUUUUCUCUGUUGUAAGACAGAUGUACAAUUAAAAACCCUUUCAACACUGUUAUCAUCAGGAUUUAUUCUUGUCUUUCAUCAUGGGUCAUUUUUAUUCACAAUGAUGAUUCUACGUGUGUGUAAUCUCAGACGACCAGAGCAAGACUCUUUAUUCUGUUUAUCAGGUUUUUUUUCACUGCUGUCAAAAUGGGUUAGAGUUCUGACAGUUAAAUGAGUUGUGAGUACAUACAUUGUUCAUGUGACGGGGUUGAAAAGAUGCUUUAAUCUCAUCCGGUGUAAUCACCUCAUACUGCAUAUACUGUAUGCCAUCUAAAAAUGCUGAGUAGUUUCAACCUGAAAAAUAUGGGCAAUUAAAAUAAUCUGGUUUAAAUUCACUUAAAAUGUCUGUAUUUAUUUAUAUCUCUUUUUUACUCUUUGUAUAUAUAAAAAACCUUAGCUCUGUAUACUGUAGUGGGCUAUUAUGAGACCAGUUUUAUUGCACUUAUGCUUUUUGUUGUGCUUAUGUUGUUCCAAUUGCUUCCAUUGUUUCCCUCAUCUGUAUGGAAGCAUAUUGGUUGCUAUUUUAAAUCUGAAAUGCAAUACGCAAAAUGGCAAUGCAGUAUGUCAAAUGACAAUGCAAUUGUGUCUUUAAAUAUACAUUUGAAAUAACAUAUGUGCAACAUUAAGUGCAAAAUG